AUGGCAACUGUUCUCCUUCAUGAUUUUCAUGAAAGAGAGCCAUGCUUCAGCUCACACCCCCCCACCCCCUCCCUCCACAAAGCCUCUCCUUCUCUCUCCUUCAGAGCUGCCAAACCCUCAAAGAAGCCACCCCAGCUCCACGCCCUCUCCCUCAAAACCGGCGCCUUCACCAACCCCUCCAUCGUCUCCCGUCUCUUGUCCCUCUACGCCCACCCCUCCAUCAACCACCUCCCCUACGCCCUCUCCGUCUUCUCCCACCUCACCAACCACCGCUCCCCUCCGCUGAUUGAUGGGUACGCCAGGUGUGGGAGGGUUGACGUUGCGGUGGAGCUGUUUGAGGAGAUGGAGGAGAGGGAUGAGUUUUCGUGGACGGUUUUGGUGGAUGGGCUGUCCAAAUGCGGGCAGGUUGAGAAGGCUAGGGAGGUUUUUGAGAGAAUGCCGAGUAAGAAUGUGGUUUCGUGGAAUGCUAUGAUUAAUGGGUACAUGAAAGGUGGGGAGUUUGAGAAGGCGAGGGAGUUGUUUGGUCAGAUGGGGAGUAGGGAUGUGAUAAGCUGGAAUUCGAUGAUUGCUGGGUAUGAGUUUAAUGGGCGGUUUGGGGAGGCGUUGGAGUUGUUUCGAGAAGUGUUGGAGGAGGAUGUCAGGCCGACUCCUGCUACAUUGGUCAGUGUGCUUUCUGCGGUUUCGGGAUUGGCUGCUUUGAGUAAGGGGAGGAUAGUUCAUUCUGUGAUGGUGAAACAUGGGUUUGAAUUGGAGGGUGUGCUUGGUACGUCGUUGAUAUAUAUGUAUUCUAAGUGUGGAAGCAUAGACAGCGCGAUGGCUGUGUUUGAAGGGAUACAGAGGAAGAGUGGGCAUUCGACGGCUAUAAUUGUAGGUUUGGGAAUGCAUGGUAUGGCUGACCAGGUUCUUCAGCUGUUUCUGGAAAUGCGCACAAAUGGGAUGGAGCCUCAUGGUAUAACUUUUAUCGGAAUCUUGAAUGCUUGCAGCCAUGCUGGAUUGGUUGAUCUUGGCCGUUACUAUUUCAAUAUGAUGAGAAAAGAUUAUGAUACUAUUGGAUGCUACGUUGUGCUCUCUAACAUGUAUGCUGCAGCUGAUCAGUGGGAGAAAGUUUCACAUGUAAGAGAAAUGAUGAAAAAGAGAGGUGUCAGAAAGGACCCGGGAUGCAGUAGCAUAGAGCACAGAGGUAUGCUUCAUGAGUUUAUUGUAGGCGACAAAUCGCAUCCCCAGACAAAAGAGAUAUAUUCCAAGUUGAGUGAGGUGAGAGAGAAACUGAAAUCUGCAGGACAUGUUCCCGACACGAGCCAAGUUUUAUUGUGUCUUGAGGAUGAAAAGGAGAAGGAAGCUGAACUGGAAAACCAUAGCGAGAGAUUGGCUAUUUCAUUUGGUCUCAUUAAUUUGGAACCGAGGAGUCCUAUUCGCAUCAUAAAGAAUCUUCGUGUCUGUAAUGAUUGCCAUUCUGUCACUUAA